AUGUCUCUACCUCGUCGAAACACUGCUUCUAAUGCUGAAGGCAUUGCUCAUGAAGGUCUUUAUGUUCUCUCUAAUGAGGAGCAUUUGUUUGUGACUCGUUAUUUAGAGCCUCGCUUAACCUCUUUCAAUACUUCAGUAAAUAAUGUGAUUCAUGAGCGUUUUGAAACUCAUAAUAGUGAAGCAGAAGAGAAGGUUGAUAGGGUCAUAAAUGAACGAAUUGAUGCUCGGAACUCUGAGGCUUCAGAAAAGAUUGAUGAUCUUAUAAAAACUCACAUCAUUUCAGCCAAAGAAGAAAUUUUAAAUCAUAUACGUUCUGAAUUUAAUAUGAAGUUUAAUGCUGCUGUUUCCAUUUCUACUUUUGAAUCAGAAUUACGUUCAAAGGUGGAUGAAGGCUUGAAUCGCAAGCAGACUAGAAUGGACAGCGAAGAGUUUCAAAAGCAAAUUGACGAGGCUCUACGAAAGGAUGAAGAGAUAGGAAAAGGAAAAGGAGUAGAAGGAGCAGGAGAAGAGGCGAAUGACGGAAGAGAAGGGAAAGAGAGUGAAAGAGAAACAGAAGGUCAGGCUAGGGAGGAAGAACUAGACAAUAAUCUGGCCCCAACAGUAGAAGAAAACGUACCCAAGCAGAUCACCACUAGGCAGUCCAAAAGGAAAACGGCCCCACCUCCUCCAUUCCCACCCCCAAGACCAAGUACGUCGAAAGCAAUCGGCACUAUACGGAUUAAGAAAACGAAAUUAGCAGAAGAAACGAUCGUGAACAAACCAAAACAAAUCACCAAACCUCCCACCAACAAACCAGCACCUGUCAAACCGGCACCACGAACGCAAUCAAGACCGAUCCAACAACAACCCGCUGAACAAAACCUUCUAGAGACCAAUCAACAAAUCGACUCGUCAGAAGAAGAAGACGACGAAGAGAACCAAGGUACGAACGGUGGAGGGAUGUGGUCCGGUGCAUACCAGACCAAGAACCGCCAACAACGGAUGACAGUUGGCGGGAUAACCUUGGGCGAUGCAGACGAACGUUAG